CAAUUUGUGCUUCAAUCCUCGGACAAAUAAUCACCAAACUCGCAAAUGUCCAAAUCUUGCUCGUGACAAUGAAAUUAGGUCACACCACCAUCAACCAAAGAGACCACCAAAAUCUAUAUAUAGUCCCUCUAUCUCUUCAAAACAAAACCAAUUAAGCAACAUGGGAUCUCCAACCUCAUUCCUUCUCACACUUACCCUAGCAAUUCUUGCACUAUCUUUGCCCACAUCUUCCCAAACCAUCCAAGACAAAUUCUACCAAUGCAUCACUAUUAAUUCCGAGCUCUCCAUCCCUUUCUCCACCGCCUUCUCCGCCCCCGACAACGCCUCGUUCACUGCCCUACUAGAGUCAUCCGCACAGAACCUCCGGUGUCUGGUCUCCUCCGUGCCCAAACCCGAGCUUAUUUUCACCCCGUACACCGAGAACCACGUCCAAGUCGCGGUCACCUGCGCCAAGGACCUCGGGGUCCAACUCCGGGUCCGGAGCGGGGGCCAUGACUACGAGGGCCUCUCCUACAUCUCCACCGCGGCAAAUGAGCCCUUCAUCAUCCUAGACCUCUCCCGCCUCCGUUCCGUCACGGUCGACCUCAAGAACAACAGCGCGUGGGCCCAGGCCGGCGCGACCGUGGGCGAGCUCUACUACAGGAUCUCCCAGCGGAGCAAGACCCACGGCUACGCGGCCGGCCUGUGCCCGAGCCUCGGCAUCGGCGGCCACAUCACCGGCGGCGCCUACGGGACGAUGAUGCGGAAGUACGGCCUCGGCGCCGACAACGUGAUCGACGCGAGGAUCGUCGUCGCUGACGGCCGGAUCCUUGACCGCGAGUCGAUGGGCGAGGACCUCUUCUGGGCCAUACGGGGCGGCGGCGGGGCAAGCUUCGGCGUCAUCCUCGCGUGGAAAGUCAAACUCGUUCCGGUCCCCGAGACCGUCACCGUCUUCACAGUUCCCAAGACACUCGAGCAAGGCGCCACCCAGUUACUCUACAAGUGGCAACACAUCGCCGACAACAUCGACGACGACCUUUUCGUCCGAGUCAUCAUCCAGCCGGCAAAAGCCGCCGGAAAAGACGAGCGGACGAUAAUGACGCUCUACAACGCUGUCUUCCUCGGACGAGCCGACCGACUACUCCAAGUGAUGCAACAGAGCUUCCCGGAACUCGGGCUCACCAAGAAAGACUGCACAGAAAUGAGCUGGAUCCAAUCCGUCCUCUACAUCGCCGGCUUCCCGGGCAACACGCCGCCGGAGAUUCUCCUACAAGGAAAAUCCCUCUUCAAAAACUACUUUAAAGCCAAGUCAGACUUCGUUAGAACUCCCAUACCCGAAGAAGGGCUCCAAGGGCUAUGGAAGAAGCUUCUAGAAGAAGACUCGCCAUUGUUGAUCUUCAACCCCUACGGCGGAACAAUGUCGAAGAUCCCGGAAUCCGAGAUUCCGUUCCCACACAGAAAGGGAGUGAUCUUCAUGAUUCAGUAUCUCAGCCUUUGGAACGACGACAAGCCAGAGACGGCUGCGAAGCACGUGGAUUGGAUCCGGAGGCUGUACAACUACAUGGCAGCAUACGCCUCCAUGUUCCCGAGAGAGGCGUACAUCAACUACAGAGACCUCGAUUUGGGAGUGAACACAAACGCCACGAGCUUCAUACAGGCGAGCUCUUGGGGUGCAAGGUAUUUCAAGGAUAACUUCAACAGACUCGUCGAGGUGAAGACGAAGGCCGAUCCCGGUAAUUUCUUCAGACAUGAACAGAGCAUUCCCACUCUGCCAUUGAUGAAACAGAGUGAGGAGAAGAGCAUGAUGCAUUGAUUUCUACUUGCUUAGUACAUUAAUGUAAGAGUUUUAGAAGAUAUAUGCUAUGUUUGAAUCUUAAUUUUAUUAUCAAUGAUUUCCUUUUUCAUUUUA